GGCCUUCUCGAUCCUCUGUGGAAGGCUAGUCCUUAGAAUCUACUGCUACUUGCAUCUCUCUCUCUCUCUCUCUCGCAUGGCGACGACGGUGGACGUGGAGGCGAAGGUAGAAGAUUUAUUCGCUCCACCCAUCAACGAGGACGACGACGAGCACGACUCGAAGGAGCGGGUGCUUCAGAAGUAUUUCCUCCAGGAAUGGCAGCUCGUCAAGUCUCUCCUCGACGGCAUCAUCUCCCACGGCCGUGUCUCCGAUUUCUCCUCCGUCCACAGGAUCCGAUCCAUCAUGGACAAGUAUCAAGAACAGGGUCAGCUUAUAGAACCUUAUUUGGACAGCAUGGUUUCACCACUGAUGUUCAUUGUUCGCUCCAGAACAAUGGAAGUAGGGGCAUCUGAUGAAAUUCUCGAUAUAAUCAAGCCCAUAUGCAUAAUCAUAUAUUCCCUUGUCACUGUAUGUGGUUAUAAGGCUGUGAUCAAGUUCUUCCCACAUCAAGUUUCUGAUUUGGAACUUGCGGUAUCUCUUUUGGAGAAGUGCCACGACACAAACUCAGUAACGUCACUGCGACACGAAAGUACUGGCGAAAUGGAAGCAAAAUGUGUGAUCCUUUUGUGGCUUUCUAUUCUUGUUUUGGUUCCCUUUGACAUUGCUUCUGUUGACUCAAGUAUUGCCUGCAAUAAUGAGCUGGGAGAACUUGAGCCGUCCCCUUUGGUGUCAAGAGUACUGGGAUUCUGUAAGGACUACCUUUCAAGUGCUGGUCCAAUGCGAACCAUAUCUGGAUUGCUGCUAUCAAGACUUCUGACGCGUCCAGACAUGCCAAAAGCAUUUAUCAGAUUUAUUGACUGGGCACAUGAAGUUCUCUCUUCCAGUAAAGAUGAUGUCAUGGGUCACUUCCAGUUACUGGGAGUAGUGGAAGCUCUGGCAGCCCUUUUUAAGGCAGGUAGUCGGAAUCUCUUACUUGAUAUAGUCGCCAGCGUGUGGAAUGACAUCUCAAGCUUAGGCAAAUCUGCCACUGCUGCCCGGAGUCCUUUACUUCGUAAAUUUUUGGUGAAGUUGAGUCAGCGAAUUGGCCUCACUUGCCUUCCUUAUCAAUUACCAUCAUGGCGCUAUGUGAGUAGAACGAGGUCACUGGGGGGAAAUGUCUCAAGUGCCUCCCAGAAGUUGGACCAACUUGAUGCUGGUGCAACCUCAGGAGUUAUUUUGCAGAGCAUGCAGGAUGAUGAUGUGGAUGUACCAGAAAUCAUAGAAGAGAUCAUGGAAGUUUUGCUUUCUGGGUUGAGAGAUACGGAUACGGUUGUGCGCUGGUCUGCUGCUAAAGGUAUUGGCCGCAUAACUUCCCGUUUAACUUCGAUUCUUGCAGAAGAGGUCCUGUCAUCCGUCCUUGAGCUGUUUUCUCCUGGAGAGGGAGAUGGUUCCUGGCAUGGGGGAUGCUUAGCACUGGCCGAACUAGCAAGAAGAGGACUAUUGCUGCCAAAUAGUCUUCCCAAAGUAGUUCCAGUGGUUGUGAAGGCUCUGCAUUAUGAUAUACGGAGAGGUCCCCAUAGUGUUGGAUCUCAUGUACGUGAUGCUGCUGCCUAUGUUUGCUGGGCUUUUGGACGUGCAUAUUAUCAUGCGGAUAUGAGAAACAUAUUGGACCAGUUGGCUCCUCAUCUUUUAACAGUGGCUUGCUAUGAUCGUGAGGUGAACUGUAGGAGAGCUUCUGCAGCAGCUUUUCAAGAGAACAUAGGAAGACAAGGAAGUUAUCCUCAUGGCAUCGACAUAGUAAAUGCAGCAGAUUAUUUUUCUCUCUCAUCGCGAGUGAACUCUUACCUCCAUGUUGCUGUUUGUAUAGCACAAUAUGAGGGGUAUCUUCAUGCAUUUGCGGAAGAACUGCUGAACAGCAAAAUUUGUCACUGGGAUAAAAGCUUAAGGGAACUUGCUGCAGAAGCACUUUCUGCUCUUGUCAAAUAUGAUCCUGAAUAUUUUGCAAAUUAUAUUCUGGAGAAGUUGAUUCCUUGCACUUUAUCAUCAGAUUUGUGCAUGCGCCAUGGUGCGACCUUAGCAGCUGCAGAACUUGUUUUGUCUUUGUAUCAAUGUCAUUAUCCUCUUCCAGAUGAUAAGCAGAAAAAAGUUGCUGGUAUAAUUCCUGCAAUAGAAAAAGCACGGCUCUACCGAGGGAAAGGUGGAGAGAUAAUGCGAGCAGCUGUUUCCCGACUUAUUGAGUGCAUCUCAUUGUCUCACUUGUUGGUACCUAAGAAGAUAAUUCGGAGUUUACUUGAUACCCUCAGUGAGAACUUGAGACAUCCUAAUUCUCAGAUACAGAAUGCUGCUGUUAGAGCCUUGAAACAUUUUACUGUUGCAUAUUUUGGUGAUGGAGGUCCCUCUGAUGCAACAACAAUGUAUCUGGAUCAGUUAAGCAAUCAAAAUGUGGCAGUGCGGAGAGGAUGUGCAUUGGCAUUAGGCGUUUUACCAUAUCAGUUUUUGGCCACCAAAUGGAAAGAUGUCUUAAUCAAGCUUUCUGGUGCUUGUGCAAUAGAGGAUAACCCUGAAGAUAGAGAUGCUGAAGCACGAGUAAAUGCUGUCAAAGGACUCAUAUCAGUUUGUGAGACCCUAACUCAAGAAAGAGAGCAGGCUUCUGCUCUUGCUGAGGAGGAUGUUAUGUCUCUGUACCUUCUGAUAAAGAAGGAAGUAAUGAUGAGCUUAUUUAAUGCUCUUGAUGACUACUCGAUUGAUAACCGUGGUGAUGUUGGUUCUUGGGUACGGGAAGCUGCCAUGGAUGGCCUUGAAAGAUGUACAUACAUACUGUGUAAGAGAGAUAGCUUGAGUUCCUCUGCGAGGCCGCUUGGGGUUGAACAUUUACCGAACUUGUCAAAUGAUGAAUUGGUUGAGAAUGACAGCAGAUUGCUUUUUGAUACCAAUCUCGCCACCACUUUAGUUGCAGGACUUGUUAAACAAGCUGUAGAGAAAAUGGACAAAUUAAGAGAAGCAGCCGCCACUGUUCUGCAAAGGGUUUUGUACAACAGGGAAAUUUUUGUCCCCUUUAUACCUCACAGGGAGAAGCUGGAAGAAAUCAUUCCGAAUAAAAAGGGCCUAAAAUGGGGGGUACCCACCUUCUCAUAUCCUCGUUUUGUACAGUUACUUCAAGUAAGUUGCUAUAGUAAGCCUCUAGUGUCUGGGUUAGUUAUCUCCAUUGGAGGUUUGCAAGAUUCAUUGAGGAAGGCAUCUACUUCAGCUUUGUUGGAGUAUCUUCAAGGUGAAGACAAUGAUACAAGGAAGUCCAGAGAGUAUAUUCUUAGCAGUGACGUUCUUUGGGUUCUUGAACAGUACAGGAAAUGCGACAGAGUUAUCACGCCUACUCUGAAGACAAUUGAAAUACUUUACAGCAAGAGAAUUUUCUUGAAUAUGCAGGCUCAUACGUCAUUGUUUUGCAAUGGCCUUCUAGAUUCUCUGGCCAUCGAAUUGAAAGGGUCAAAGGACUUCACUAAGUUAUAUUCAGGCAUUGCCAUACUCGGGUUUAUAGCUUCAGUUUCAGAACCAGUGAACUCUCGAGCCUUCUCUCAUCUGCUGACCUUUCUCGGACAUCGAUACCCUAAGAUACGUAAAGCUUCAGCCGAACAGAUUUAUCUUGUUCUUCUGCAAGGUGGGGAUCUUGUAUCAGAGGACAAGAUGGAGAAAGCGCUUGAAAUUAUUUCGGAAACUUGCUGGGAAGGUGACCUUGAAACUGCAAAGCAGCAGAGGUUACAGCUGUUUGAGAUAGCUGGGCUUGAGAUGGGGAUUAAUCUCAAGACUCAUACGGUCCGGUUAAAAAACGAAGGCCUGAAGCAGGCUACUUCAACGGAUGAGAAUGCCUCAUAUUCUUCACUUGUUGAUUCUACUGGAUUUUGAGGGAUUUAUAUCAACUGAAUUUUAAUGGCUAGGAAAAAGUUCAUGUUUGCACCCAAAUCAAACUUCCAAUCUCCUGGGGGACUUGUGAAUUUAGAGGAGAUGGUGCCUGGCAGCUUGGCAGUCUAAGCCAGUGUUCGACCCACAGCAGUAGAGCUAUUACUUGUGUAUAGUUUGUCAGAUGGCUUCAAGUGGAUCAUGACUCGCAAAUUAUCUGAACCA